GCCCUCCAGGCCCUGAUCCCCAGAAGUGGAGCGGACUCUGCACACUCUCUCUUGGAUGCCAGUCGGAGGCUGAGGACAGAGGCCAGGCUGAGGCUGCCCCGGACACUCAAGGCUCUUGUGCAGGCUGCUGGGAAGGUGUACAGGGAAGCCUGGCUCUCCUCCUGAACUUCGAGAUUCAGACACAGAAGCCUCCCAUGGCUCCUUACCACAUCCGCAAAUACAGGGAAAGUGACCGCAAAUGGGUCGUGGCCUUGUUCUCCGAAGGGAUGACUGAGCACAUCCCCACCGCCUUCCGCCACAUCCUGAAGCUGCCCCGUACCCUUGUGCUCUUGCUUGGAGGGCCCUUUGCCCUGUUCGUGGUCUCUGGCUCCUGGGUCCUGGCCCUCGUGGCCAGCCUCGGCCUCCUAGCUGCCCUGAGGUUCCUUGCCAAAUACCCUUGGAUCCAGUUUAAAGUCAUGUCUUUGCACACCGACAUGUCUGACAUCAGCGAAUCCUACUUCAGUGAGAGUGGCUCCUGCUUCUGGGUGGCGGAGUCCGAGGGGCAGGUGGUGGGCAUGGUGGGAGCACUGCCUGUCAAGAAGCACGCCGUGCGAAAGGAGCAGUUGGAGCUGCUUCACCUGAGUGUGGCCUCGGAGCACCGCGGCCAGGGGAUCGCGAAAGCACUGGUCAGGGCGGUCCUGCAGUUCGCACGGGACCAGGGCUACCGUGAAGUGGUCCUCAGCACCAGUGCGCUGCAGUACUCCGCCCUGGCCCUCUACCAGCGCAUGGGCUUCCAGAAGACGGGCCAGUUCUUCUUCUCCAUGAUCCACAGGCUAGUCGCUCUCCCUUCCAUCCAGUUUACCUACCGCCUCCCCUCUGCUCAGGUCUCUGAGGCACUGGGGCAGGCAGGGGGCCUGUGAUCUGUUCCCUGUGGAUCAGUCAGGAAGGACUGGCUCCGCUGCAGUAACGUGCAAACCCGGAAGUCUCACGGUGACAGCACAGAAAAACCUAAUCGCUUUGGAAACCCGACGGCGUUGGUGGAUGUAAUGGCUCUGCUCUAUUCAGUCUUUUUCGGGGUUGCUACUGUUUCAUUUAUCUAGUGCCACGAGAAUGUUGC